CCCUGCUGUAAACUGCGGGACCGGUAGAUGGCGCCGCUGCUCCGACCCGCGCUCCCCGCCUCCAGUGAAGAGGACUCGGAUGAGGAAGUGCUGAAAAACACGGCUGUUCUCUGAAGCUCACUGUGGUUUAAAGCUCUGGUGGCUGAGUACUAUGGAGACUUCAGAUCCAGGCCCAGCUGAUGGAGAGGAGCGACCCAGGACCAGGUCAAACCCAGAAGGAGCAGAGGACCGACGCAGCAGUAGCGGCAGCUUAUCCAGCACUCCACCACCCCAGCCUGCUGUGGGCAGUCGAGUAGAGGGUGAGGGAGAAGCCUCUAGUACAGACGGUGCUCCAAGUUCCACGUCUACCAUCACCACGACUGUCCCUGCCCCUGCUGCUGCCUCUGUGGCCACGACUACAGCCAGCGUGACCGCUCCGGUUUCUGCUGCCAAAGACAGGCCCAAAGCCACCCAGCCCACUGUGCCACCCCAGAUCCCCCCACCUGCUGAGCUGCAGAUACGAGCACCUAGAGUCAACUGCCCUGAAAAAGUCAUCAUCUGUUUGGAUCUAUCAGAAGAGAUGUCACUGCAGAAGCUGGAAUCCUUCAAUGGAUCCAAGACCAAUGCCCUCAAUAUCUCCCAGAAGAUGAUUGAGAUGUUUGUGAGAACGAAGCAUAAAAUAGAUAAAAGGCAUGAGUUUGCCUUGGUGGUGGUCAAUGAUGAUGCUUUAUGGUUGUCAGGUUUCACAUCUGACCCACGGGAGCUAUGCAGCUGUUUGUAUGACCUAGAAACAAAUGUCUGUGAAUCCUUCAACUUGGAAGAUCUUCUCAAUGUAAUACUUCAGAAGAUUGAGCUUCCACUGAUGGACAAUGUUCAGACGAUUCCACCUCCUUUUGUGGUUCGCACUCUUCUCAUCUACAGCCGUCAUGCAGGCCAGCUACAGUUCAACCCGUCAGAUGCCGUCAGCAAAAUGUUGCGCUCUCCUUAUUUUUUCUUUGAUGUCAUUUACCUCCAUAAUGGAACAGAUGAGCAAGUGGAUGACAACAGCUGGAGGGAUAUAUAUGCAUCAUUCUCUAAUUUGGACUCUAAAGGGAUGUGUUACCGCUUCGAAGUGUCGCUGUGCAGCCCUGCUAUCGAGCUUUACAACUGCAUGGCUAAACUUCUGUGCCAUCCACUGCAGAGACCCUUCCAAAGUCAUGCCUCCUACAGCCUGCUAGAGGGCGAUGAUGCACAAGAGAUCGAGGCAACGGUUUAGAGUAGAUAUUCUUUUUAGAUAUCUUGGUCCUGAGGUAGCCCUGUCCUGCAGAUUUGGGGUUGGGGGUUGUUGUGCCAACAUAACUAUUCGGUUAAUCGAUUAAUUACCAAGCCCUGCUUAAGUUGGUUUGUGUUUGAGAUCAGUAAUGAUCUAAUGCUGAAAUGUGCAGGGCAGGGUAUUCCAAGACUAAUGAUGCUAACACUGCUGUAAAGCAAUCCUGAUGGGAUCUGGAAAGGAAAUUGAGAUGACAUCUUGCCAGUGUGGUGUUCCCCAUUUUUCCCACUUGGAUCACAUCCUAAUGAUAAACACUGAAAGAAAGGGGAAGCCUAAGAAAAAAACUUUUCUCACGGAAGGUUAUUUGAAAGCCUGUGGACUGCUAUGGACUUUGUUUAAUGUUGAGACUUCUUUAUCCACCAAAUUCACUCUAGUACUUUUUUCUGUCUCUUGUCUUCUGUUGUUUUACUUGUUCAUUAGUUAAUGAAGGAAGCUUCAUUCGUUUUUUAUGAAACAGAUAUAAAUCUCUAGUGGAAACUCUGAGGUAAGUUAACUCUAGGUGAACGGUUAAGAAUAUCCAAUAGGAAAAAAGAUAAACAUUCUAAUUUGACAUUUCUGUACGUAUCGGGCUAACUCUAGUACUUUAAUGAUGUUUAUACAGGAGCUCACAGGUAAAUAAACAAUUAAAUAAAAUAUCAGGAAGCACA